GGCAGCGCGGCGCAGUCGCCAGCCGUCACGGGGCCCGGCCACUCGUUCACUCACACUCGAUUACAAGAUGCAGUGCUUCAUCUGUUUUACCUACAUGAUAAUACUGUGCACCGCACAGCCAGCCAGAGAUCGGGCAGUAGCGACCCACGAAAAGCGAUCUCUAUUUAGAGAUGUCAUCGAAUCCUUACGAAUACGAUCCCAGCUGCCCGAAGAAAUCAAUCACAACGAUGAUAAUAACUUGUCUCAAAAUGACGACAGGUACGGCUUCGACAACGAACCACCAGAACUUCCGAGCGACGCAGAUUUUAUACCGCGACGAAAUGACCGGAUCGAAAUGCCUACACUGAAAUACAGAUUCCCUAAAAGUAUUCAGCCAAAUGGAAGCGAAAUUAAAGUAGAAAACAAAAAAGAAGACAUAGUUGUUUACGUGAAUACGCCUUCAGAAAGAUCUGAACCUAAACCCACGACACACAAACCAAAAAAGGAACCAAAACCAAAUAGUAAAGUCAAUUUUGUAAAACAAAAUGAAAAUGGUGAAGAUACGACAGACGUGGCGAGUGGCUUGAUAGACGAUAGUUAUAGACCUGUAAUAAAUAAAAUGGAAGAUUCAAGUCAGAUAGGAAACAGAGAAUAUCAAACAGUCAUCAAGCCGACUGUAAUUGUGAAUUUCCGAGGCACAGUUAGUCACAGAGACAGCGAGAUAAGGUUGGAAAAGAGGAACAAUCCCAAAAGGAAACAAGAUAUGGAUUCUGCACGAAAUAUAUUUAAUAUCAAUCAAGAGAUAAAAUUAGAACGUCCAAAUGGUACAAUAGAUGUGGAAGGAUUGAGACACCUAAGCAGCGAAGUGAAGCAAGGCGUCAACGUACUCUCAGCUAAUGUGAAGGAGAAAGUGGACGAUGACAUGAAAACGUGUGAGACGUUCGCCGCGCACGCAAUCGGGCCCGCGCUACCGCAGGAGACCGACCGCAGCGGCCGGGACGAUGGUGAUGAAGACGACAAUAUCCUACAAAUUGUAGUAACACUUUAACAGUCGCAGUUUAGUUAUAAGACAUAAAUUGAUAGUGUAGGACGUAUACUUUGAUUUAAU